AUGGGAGCUGAGCGUAAUUAUGCUGGCCCGAUCGUGAGGAAGGUGAAGGACAUGCAGCUGCAAAGGAGCGACUUCGAUGUCCUGAAGGUCAUCGGCAGAGGAGCCUUCAGCGAGAUUGCGGUGGUAAGGCUGAAGUUCACCGAUCGCGUGUACGCAAUGAAGAGGAUGAACAAGUGGGACAUGUUAAGCAAAGAGAUGACUGUCCGAUUCCGUGAGGAGCACGAGAUUCUGGUCAAUGGGGAUAGUCGAUGGAUUACCAAGCUCCACUUUGCCUUUCAGGAUGAGGAUCACCUGUAUUUCAUCAUGGAUUAUUACGCGGGAGGAGAUUUCCUGACACUGCUGAGCCGGUUUGGUGAUCGAUUCCCGGAGGACAUGGCACGGUUUUACCUCGCGGAACUUGCGCUGGCCAUCGGCUCUGUACAUGACCUUGGCUACAUACACAGAGACGUGAAGCCUGAUAAUAUUCUGCUGGAUGUGAAUGGCCACAUCAAGCUGGCUGAUUUUGGCUCCUGCCUGCAGAUGACCAAGGAUGGCUACGUGCACUCGGCGGUGGCAGUCGGAACCCCGGAUUACAUCUCCCCAGAGGUGCUGCAAGCUCUGGAAGAUCCCUCGGCGACGUACGGCGCGCAGAGCGACUGGUGGUCCUUUGGAGUCUGUGCUUACGAGAUGCUUUUCGGUCAGACCCCCUUCUACGAUGAUACUCUGGCGGGUACUUACAGGAAAAUCCUCAACUACAGGGAGACCUUUCACUUCCCGGAUUCAGAGCAGGAUGUCACCGACCAGGCGAGGGGCUUCAUCCAGAGAUUGGUUUGCAGCAGGGAGGAGAGGCUAGGACAAAAUGGAGUGGAGGACUUUAAGCAGCACCCCUUCUUCUGUGGCAUUGCGUGGGAUCUCCUGGGUCAGUGUCAGCCUCCCUUCCUCCCUGACGUCACCGAUCCGACAGACACCUCAAACUUCGAUGUGGAGGAGGAAGACUUCAGUGCCACACUGCUCCCCAUGGCAGUUCGAAGGUCUCCACCCCCUGAGUGGGGACGAGCCUCUGGAAUGCUGGACUCACUGAGUAGUGAUGCCCAGGCCAACUCCGUCUCCUCUGGCGUGACCGUGAUCUGCUGUACAAGUGAACAAGCGGCAGAUGUGAAAGGAGGGACUAAACAACCAACAGGCCUAACCACUGCCUCCACUGUCCGAAAUAUCGGCACCCUGGAUUGGCUUCUACAGGCACCUGAAGACUCACCAAUAGACAACCCUUUAGGAGAUCAUCACACUGUACUCCAGUGGUCACACUAG